CUUUAUUUUAUAAAUAAUAAUAAUAAUGAACUAUUGUGUUGUUAAUGCCUUUGAUGAUCUUAGUUUUUGGUGCUCUAGCAUUUUACACUUUUGUGGUUUAACUAGUUGCUAAAUUAUAUGUUUACUUGUCUAUGUGUGCUUUCCAGCACUUACCUGUUUGUAUUAAAUUGCAUAUGCGUAGUGGAGCUCUAUAACUUGUUUAAUCUUAAGUUUGCCAGUUGGAGUUUGGUGGGAAUUUCAUGGCAAACUUUGCAAGAUGUUUUUUCAAUAAUGUUUAAUAAAUCAAUUACCUUUUUUUUGUUAAUUAGAAAUUUGAGUCAACAAAGGAAAGUAGUUGUUCUCUAAGUUCAGGAUUCCCAGUUUGUUUUCUCCCCCUCCUCCUCUUCCCAUUCCCUUUACAAUUUCCUCCACUAGUCGACUCAAAAUACCCUAUUAUGUUACACACGGUGAGGUGAUAUUGUUUUUUAAAACAGUGAGUCUCAAUUUCGAUAAAUGUGAUUGGCUAGACUAAACUGCCACGUUACAGUGUGUAAUGUUUAGGUGCAUAGUUUGAAUGCACAUAUCAUUACUCUUUGUACAUAAUAUGGACAUUCAUUUGAACCACUACAUUGCAUUAGUGGGCCCUAGCAGUGAAAUACUUUUAUUUGGCCUUCUUAAAAAUUUGGAUUUGGGACGUGAGAUUUGGCUUUUUUUUCCAUCUAUUUUUUGAAGAUAAGUCAUAAGUCAGUAGCGUUCUUGUUUAUAAUUUAGUUGAGAUAGAUGUUUCUUUCCUUUUAUAUAAGUGUUCACUUGUUUACAGAUGCAGUUUAUUGUGGACUUAGUGAAUGGAAUAUCGUUAGCCAUUGUUUAAUUUUUAAAUUAUAAUUAGUAGCCUUAGCUUUUCUUUCAAACGUGUUUCUCACUAAUGUCUUGGUGUUAAAUUUGUUUUGGUACAUUAUUAAUUUUCUAUUAUUAUGUGCUAACUUUCCUUCCUGUAUGCAUGUUGGUUUUUGGUUUCUUCAGUCCGAACAUGAUAACUCUAAUAGGAUUCAUGUUCUUACUCACGUCUGCAACGCUUGGCGUUGUAGGUGGGAUUUUCCCUAUUAUAAUUUUUUCUCCAUGUUCUAGAUUUCUCUUUACAAUGCUUUUCUUAUCUCACUUGUGUUCUUACUCACUCUUUAUCUACUAUUUUCUUUAUUUUCCAGCAUCUUUGAGAUCGGAAUCUGUAAAUACUCCUGAUGCAAAUUUCUGUUGGUAGUUUGGUACUUUAAGCUAUCUUGUGUGUGCGUUUUCUUUGUAUUUUAGAUUUAUUCAUUGUGGGAUUAGGAUUGGCAGAAACACGAAUUUUUGUUGGUACUUUUUUUCGAAAAAAAGCGAUCUUGUGUGUUUGUGUUUUCUCCAAAGCAUUCAAGGAAUGCUUGAUUGUCAUCGUUUGUGAUAGGUUUAUUCAAUGUGGGAUUAGGAUUGUGAUAGGCCACCACCAUUGACAUACGUGUAUGCCAGAAGGUAUAGAGGCAAAAAGAAUGCCAAGUCAGUAGUGAGUGACAAAGUUAGUUAGAGGGGGAAUUGUUGGGUGUAUGGGGUACACAGGAUUGAGAUAAGCCAGAAUAUAAAUAGUAUUUUGUAAAGUGUUUUGGGUGUGCAAUUUCUGUUAUAAACUCUAUUGUGUUUGGAGAGAACCAAGCUCUCGAAUUCUUGGUAUUUUCUAAUGAAAAGUUUGGCUGAUUAUCCAUUUAUUGAAUUGUGAGUUUGGGUACUGCUAUCAUAGUGGUAUCAGAGUCCAGAUCUACUAUGGGACCUAAGGCAAAUGUUCAGUUGGAAAUGGUGGAAGAAAAGCUGGAAGAGGUGCAGUCGGAGCUACGUCGGGAGGUUUCGGAACUCAGGGCACAAGUGCAGUAGUUCCCACACGAUUUGGAAGCUCUUCGAGCUGACACUCAGAGAAUACCCAGUUUGGAGAAGAAGGUGGAGUACUUAAUUGGGCACAUCACUCAACUCUUACACACUUCACAUCGCACGGGAAUGGGUGGACCAAGUGAAGGAGAUGAUCGGUAUCGAACGGCAGUUGACGGAGAUAGCUCUUCUUCUCACGUACCGAUGGCAGAUCCGGCGAUGAACCAUCCUUCGCCUAGGACAACGACGAGCAGUCCGUUUGCUGCGACGGAAUCGCAAGGAGGAUGGGAUUUUCGACCGCCGAGGAUGGAGUUACCGUUGUUUUCGGGAGAGAAUCCCGAUGGGUGGGUUUUCAGAGUAGAGCGAUAUUUUUUACUGAAUCGAUUGUUGGAGGCCCAUAUGCUGGAGGCAGCCAUCAUCGGCCUAGAAGGCGAUGCUCUGACUUGGUUCCAAUGGGAGCAUCAACGUUGCCCGAUUACUUCUUGGUCGGCGCUCAAACACCUUUUGCUGUUACGGUUUCGAGAAGUGCCCGUCGGCUCCACAACGGAAGAGCUCUUGUCGGUCCGACAGGAGUCAACAGUGAAGGCAUGCCGAUUGAAAUGGGAAGCUCUGGCUUCGAGAGUGGUCGGCGUACCUGAACACAUCUUGGAAGGUAGUUUCAUCAAGGGUCUGAAAGAAGAAGUGAAGGGGCCACUGCAUGUGCUACAGCCAACGGGCCUAGCCCACAUAAUAGAGACGACCCAGAGGAUUGAAGAGGGCCAUUAUUUACUCGGCUUGGGCCUUCAUCAGAAGGGAGGAAACAGUAGGUCUACUCCCAGCCCAAUUGCGAUUCCACGAUACACGCCGAUGCCAUCAUCCUCAAGGAGCUCGACUUCUUUUUUCCAGGGACCAUCUGGGCAAUCGACUGGGAGUGUAGGGAACACAGCUGGGAAACCGAUUAGCACUGCUGGACAGAGGAGAUUGACCGAGGCUGAAUACCAGGAUAAGAAGAAUAAGGGAAUAUGUUUUAAAUGUGACAAAAAAUUUCACCGAGGACAUGUCUGUGAGCAGAAAACAUUGCAGGUGCUGUUAAUGGCGGACGACAGUGAAGAGUCCGAAACUCAGGAAACUCACUCGCUCAGCCCAGAUGCCAGUGUCGAUGCGGUGUCGGAAGAACAAUUGGCAAUGUUGUCACUGAACUCAUUGGUGGGAAUCUCCUCGGCGCAUACGAUGAAAUUAUCGGGGACUAUAGCUAAUCAGUCGGUAACCAUACUCAUAGAUAGCGGGGCGACCCACAAUUUUAUAUCGAAAGAAUUUGUAGAAGCGUCACAGAUUCCUAUAACAGCUACUACGGCUUAUGGCGUGCUAUUAGGGACUGGCGGUCGAGUUCGAACGGAAGGAAUUUGUGCAAAUGUAGAGCUGGAAUUGGGGUCCUUGUGAGUGGUAACCGAUUUCUUACCGCUGGAGUUGGGGGGUGCCGAUGCAAUUCUGGGAAUUCAGUGGUUAGGGACGCUGGGAAAUAUGCAAGUUAACUGGAAAACAAUGGUAAUGAAGUUCGAGGUGGGAGGAUCUUGGGUGACAUUGCAAGGCGACCUGAGCUUGUGUAAAUCACAGAUAUCUUUAAAGGCUAUGAUUCACUCGUUACAGCAGGAAGGGCAGGGGUAUUGGAUUCAAUUCAAUUCUUUAACGGUAGAUCCUAUUCAGAGCACCAUCGAUAUGCCACCAGCAGUAGCAGGAUUAUUACAAACUUAUGAUUCGGUUUUUUGCAUGCCCGUCGGUCUCCCUCCCCAACGCUGCCAUGAGCAUCAGAUUACACUAAAAGAAGGAGUAGGCCCGAUUUCAGUCCGCCCUUACUGAUAUGCACAGAUUCAAAAAGAUGAGAUAGAGCGGUUAGUGGCUGAGAUGUUACAAGCCGGAAUAGUACAGCCUAGCACAAGCCCUUUUUCGAGCCCGGUGCUCUUGGUAAAGAAAAAAGAUGGGAGCUGGAGAUUUUGUGUAGAUUAUAGAGCUCUCAAUCGAGAAAUGGUUGCUGAUAAGUUUCCAAUUCCAGUCAUCGGUGAGCUACUCGAUGAACUUUAUGGGGCGCAAGUAUUUUCUAAACUGGAUCUUAAGUCGGGUUACCACCAAAUAAGAGUGGCAGCCAAGGAUAUCGAGAAGACGGCUUUCAGAACACACGAGGGGCAUUAUGAGUUUUUAGUAAUGCCGUUUGGGCUUACUAACGUGCCAGCAACUUUCCAGUCCUUAAUGAAUGAAGUUUUUCGCGAAUUUUUGUGAAAAUUCGUACUAGUAUUUUUCGAUGACAUUCUCAUCUACAGUGCGUCGAUGGAGCAGCACCUACAGCACCUGGAAAUGGUCCUUUUUCGCCUCAGCCAGCAUCAGUUAUAUGCAAAUAAAAAGAAAUGUUUAUUUGCUCAAUCACAGCUGGAGUAUUUGGGCCACAUCGUCUCAGUGGAAGGGGUUUCUGCCGACCCACUCAAGUUGGCUGCAAUGGCUCAAUGGCCGGUACCGAAAACAAUUAAAGAGCUGCGAGGAUUUCUGGGUUUGACUGGGUACUACAGGAAAUUUGCAAGGGGGUAUGGACAGCUAGCACGACCCUUGACUGACCAGUUAAAAAAAGACUCUUUCGGCUGGAGCACAGAGGCGCAGGAAUCUUUCGGCAAACUGAAGCAAGCUAUGUGCAACAUUCCCAUGCUAGCUUUGCCAAAAUUUUCGAUCCCUUUUGUAGUAGAAACAGAUGCGUCGGGCACGGGCAUUGGAGCUGUUUUAAUGCAACAACAGCGUCCAAUUGCUUAUUUCAGCAAAGCCUUGUCACCCCGAGCUCGCUGCAAAUCAGUGUAUGAGCGAGAGUUAAUGGCGAUUGUGCUCGCGAUACAAAAGUGGCGUCCUUAUCUAUUGGGCCGCUAAUUCAUUGUUCGAACCGAUCAAAGGAGCUUAAGAUAUUUACUAGAACAGCGGGUGGUCGCAACUGAACACCAUAAGUGGCUCACGAAGUUGCUGGGAUAUGACUUUCAGAUUCAAUACAGACCUAGGUUGGAAAACAAAGCUGCCGAUGCUUUAUCCAGGAUGCCGCCAAUGAUAGAGUGCCACGCAAUUUCCUAUCCCAAUCUACUCUAUUGCUGAUUUGAGGAGCCAUGUAGCGACGGAUCCUGUUUUGUCCAGAAUAGUUCAGCAGAUUCAGGCAGGAAACGCACCCUCGGGAUACUCAUACACUCAAGGCUGUCUGAAAUUUAAAGGCAGGUUGGUUGUUCCCUCGGCUUCACCUUUUAUUCUGCUAUUACUACAUGAGUAUCAUGACAACAAUGUGGGGGGUCACGCAGGAGUAUUUCGAACCUUUCAAAGGGUUGCUGCUGAUUUUUAUUGGCAAGGAAUGAGGGGAGAUAUACAGAAGUAUGUGGCUGAAUGUCUUAUAUGCCAGCAGAACAAAUAUUUGGCCCAGUUCCCGACAGGUUUGCUCCAGCCCCUCCCUAUUCCGGAGCAAGUUUGGGACGAUAUAUCGAUGGAUUUUAUAGAAGGAUUGCCACAAUCUAAUGGGUUCGAUUCCAUCCUCGUUGUCGUGGAUCGCCUCUCCAAAUAUGGACAUUUUAUCCCUCUCGGACACCCAUGUACAGCUGCUACUGUAGCUUCAGUUUUUGUGAAAGAAGUAGUUAAACUUCACGGCAUUCAACGGUCGAUUGUCACCGAUAGGGAUAAAAUAUUUCUCAGCCGUUUUUGGAAGGAACUCUUCAAGUUACAAGGGACAAUGCUCAAGCGCAGCUCAGCGUACCACCCACAAACAGAUGGCCAAACGGUGGUGGUCAACUGAUGCGUGGAAACAUAUCUUCGCUGUUUUGUCAGCUCAAAACCAGCACAGUGGGUUAAGUGGUUAGCUUGGGCAGAAUAUUGGUAUAAUACGUCGUAUCACUCCGCUGCUGGAAUGACGCCAUUUAAGGCUGUGUAUCACAGGGAUCCACCACCCCUAUUGCGUUUGGAAGGCAAUCAGACAAUUGUUUCAGCGGUAGAACAUAAUUUACAAGCUCGCGAUGAGAUUUUGGAUUUGCUGAAAAUGAAUCUUCAACGGGCUAAGCAGAAAAUGAAGCACCAGGUGGACAAAGAGAGAAGGGACAUCAAGUAUGCGGUGGGAGACAAGGUAUACGUGAAACUUAAGCCAUAUCGACAGCGAACUUUGGCAAAACGACGCAAUCAAAAGUUAGGACCUCUGUUCUUUGGACCAUUCCAGAUUCUGUCACAAAUUGGGGAGACUGCCUAUAAAUUACAGCUUCCAACGGAUGCCAAAAUACAUCCUGUCUUCCAUGUUUCCAUGCUUCGACCAGCCUUGGGCCCUCACCAAACAGCAACACCGCUUCCUAAGGACCAGACAGCGGAGCUGGAAUGGCUCUUAGAACCGGAAGCCGUAUUGGAUAUGCGACCAGGAACGCACAAGGAGCAGCCACAAGUAUUGAUUAAAUGGAUGCACUUACCAGAUUUUGAGUCCACUUGGGAGAACUUUAUGACGAUCCAACAUCAAUUUCCCACUUUUCACCUUGAGGACAAGGUGCGUCUUUGGGCCGGGGGUAAUGAUAGGCCACCACCCUUGACAUACGUGUAUGCUAGAAGGUAUAGAGGCAAAAAGAAUGCCAAGUCAGCAGUGAGUGACAGAGUUAGUUAGAGGGGGAAUUGUUGGGUGUAUGGGGUACACGGGAGUGAGAUAAGCCAGAGUAUAAAUAGUAUUUUGUAAAGUGUUUUGGGUGUGCAAUUUCUGUUAUAAACUCUAUUGUGUUUGGAGAGAACCAAGUUCUCGAAUUCUUUGUAUUUUCUAAUGAAAAGUCUGGCUGAUUAUCCAUUUAUUGAAUUGUGAGUUUGGGUACUGCUAUCAGAUUGGCAAAAACAUUUCUCUUCAUUCAUAUAGCAAGCACAAAUGUUGCUAUGUAUUACUUUAUUUUAUGAAAAAAUAGAUUUAUUAAAUAUUUUUUAA